UUACGGACGCUCUCUCAUUCAAAAUACAAGUCUGGUGUUGUAUCGGGGCACUGAGACCGCCACCAAAACGUGGACAUUUCGUCUGUCAAAUUUGUUUUAUUAUUUUUCAUUCCUGGAAAGUCGGGGGCUUUAUACCAGGCAGGUCUCGUAUACCAGUUCUGACGACAAAACGGGAAUUAAAUUCUCGGAGAAAGGGAGAUUUGGGGGGAAUAAGAGGAGAGCUUUUGAAUACUGUAUUGUCGGGAGGACAUUGAAACGCGAGACGCACUUGACGUACGUCGCCGGUACUUCCGCCCGGGAAAUUUGUGGGUUUUUUAGCUUUUUCAUUUGGUUUUUUUUUGGGUGAAGGGUCAUGUGUUGGAGUGAAGUAAGAGUUUGAAGUGGUCGUUUGAUAAGGCGACGAAGGGGAGCGACUGAAGAAGUCGAGGAGAGGAACAGUGGAAAAGCGCGGGGUGGCAAACUAGCCCGUCGUGCGCGUUCCUUCAAGGAGGACUUCCUGGAGAAACUCUCCCAGAUGAGGUCCCCGGGGAUAAACUCUGGGAGUGGGGGUGGUAGUGGUAUAGCAACACGGGCCGCAUCACCCUCGUCCCCGCGAACUCCCAGAGAAAAGACGCCGCUGGGUGACAGUCUUGAUAAGAAUCCACUGAGGGAUCUCCACAUUCACGUGAGACAGGUACAGCUUGCACUGCUUCACUUUCGCGAUGUCGUUUCCAAGAAGAAACUCGAGAUGCUGCCUGGCAAUGGCACCAUCGUACUCGACACUGUUACCACGAUACAUACUGUGCUCAAGUCGUACGUCGUUUAUGAGAAGAGCUCAACAUUGAACUCAGCCACAAACCAAGUUUACCAAGCCCUGGCCAAACUGCUGAAACUCUGCGACGAUGUUCUAAUCCAUGGGAAUCAGUCUGCCCCAUGCCCGGCGUUGGACACAGAGAACGUGACACACGUGAUAGGAUUAGUCGAGGAUGCUGUGAAAAAUUUAGUUGCACUGGCACACGAGAAGAUAUCCAACAGGCAGAAGCCAGCGCCGGUGGCAACAAACAACAGAACCUCAGGAUACGGAAAUGAACUAUCAACCCAAAGAAAUUCUCUACCGGACAUUCCCCUGACACCCCGUGAGCGCCAGAUCCUCGAGCAGACGGCAGCAAGUAGCAAUUUAGUGAGAAGUUCCCACAGCUCCGAGUCCAUCUUGAGGGAUUCGAGUCCACCACCAAAGCCGCCACUUCCUGACAGGACGAAUAUCAGUUUAACCGAGGACAAUGGCUCCUCGACGCCCCCUCCACUCCCCCCGAAACGUCGAACCCGUGCCCAACAGCUUUUGGACGAGUCAGAGGGUCUGUUGGCAUCAAGUUUGGACCGUGUCUCGUUAAGGAGCCGCUCCCCCGAGGACUCGUCGUCCUUACUGAGUGCGUCAGCUGGAAGUUUGGACUCGGCGCUGAAUCACUCGAGGGACGACGAUGAAAUUCGCUCGAUCAUGGGGCCAAAUGACGAGUCCUUGAAUGAUAGUAUGGAUCUCAGUCUCAUGGCGACAAUUCACGGUCUGCAAGUCAAUGGUACGAAUAACUGCGGCUGUUGGGACGGGUCUGAAACAAGUAUACCGAGCACUAUGCUGCUGGGCCAGCAGACACCCCAGGAGAUGAUAAAUCCAUUCGCUGGAGUGGAGGGAAAAAUGGAGAGACUGUCAACCCAGACCCAAGAAUCUGGUUUUGUAUCUUUGCACUCCCAGAGAAGUUCGUCGCAGAGCUACACAGCCUCGAGCAUGACAUCCAAGAGAUCCUCCCAGCAGAGCAGUGUCAGUUACAACUCGCAGUCAUUCAGUUCUCAGCAGCAGUCCUUCUCCCAGCAAAAACUCUCCGAGUGCACUGAGGGCUCCAUCAUGACGCAAAGAACCACCAGCUCAAAGAGCAGUCUCACCACUACCAGUAUCACUGGCAAUGGCGAUCCAGCACUACUGGAAAAACUGGUAAAUGAAAUCGAAGCAAUCACUGGACCAGACUCGAACGGAAUUCCCCCAGCCCUUCCCGAGAAGCGUUCGAAGAGGCGAAAAGAUCGUCAGCCCUCGCAGUACGAUAAUGUACCUGAAAAUGAACACCUGUCCACCUGCAGCCUCCACGCAAACUCCAGUGACAGUCCAGACGCCAGUAAACCACCUCCCCUACCCCUCAAGAAACGACACAUGUUCCAAUCGGUGGCAUAUUCCGUAAUGGCAUACAUGGAGAUGUUCGGCAACUGCUCGCACACGACCAACGACUUUAUUUCCGGUCUUGGCACGCGACACUCGGUGGCUGCAUACAAUUCAAUGCAGGCUGAAUGGCAGCAGCAUGAAAUGGCACUCACAACGACACAAUCGUGCUCCUCCAUGGUGCAUACCAUGACGAGUCUACACGAUGGGACAAGUAUAUCGAUCAGUAUGAGCCCAACAAUCAAAGAAGUGACGAAUCACUCUAGUCUGCCCCCUGCCCUGCCGCCAAAGCGAUCACGAUCGACGCGAUCCACCACGACACCACCUCCAAUAUCACCAAAGCCUGCUAUCAGCAUGCAGAUUCUCCACACCCCAGACCCAGUCAUCACCUCGACACCGGUUAAGGAGAUAAAGGAGGAGCCUGUCACCAUUAUCGAUAAGAAGGACAAGGCCUCCCCUGUUCACAAUCUCAAUAACAAUAACAAUGUAACGCUGGAUGUUGCACUGAGCAACUCGAGGCCUGGCAGCAAUGCACUGUCCUCGGUUUCGGUGGACGAGAGCACUCUGGAGCUGAGGGAUAUCGAGCAGGACGAUGGCAUCCUCGAUGAACUGGACAUCAGUAAACAUCUGGUGUUCAAGAAGAAUGAGGAGGAUGGACCGGACAUACGAGGGGGACAUCCUGACGCUCUGUUGAUUCAUGCGACUAAAGCUAAUAAACACGACGAAAAAGAAUCAGAUUUCCUGUAUCAGGAAGCGUUCUUGACGACCUACAGGACCUUCAUGUCCCCCCUGGAGCUGAUUCAGAAGCUCCACCGACGUCACCAGAGGUUCUCGUGUUCUCCGGACGUCGUGAAGCAGCGAGCAGCACGCGAGGCCUUUUCCCUCCUAGUUCGCGUCGUCAGUGACCUGACAAUGUCCGACCUGGACGACGUCCUCCUGCAGACGCUGAUGGAGUUUGUCCAGCAGUUGGUGUGCAGUGGCGACCUGACAAUGGCAAAAGCCCUCCGCGUGAAGAUCCUGGAGAAGCACCAGUUGAAGCAGAUGCAGUCAGCCCAGCCCAUUCUCUCGUCCCUCAGUGUCUCCACGAAGCAAGCUUCACUGCUCGACUUCAAGAGCGAACAGAUAGCCGAGCAGAUGACCCUGCUGGAUGCCGAACUAUUCAUGAAGAUUGAAAUACCAGAAGUAUUAAUUUGGGCGCAGGAGCAGAAUGAGGAGAGGUCCCCCAAUCUCACAAGAUUCACUGAGCACUUCAACAAGAUGUCGUACUGGGCGAGGUCGAGGAUUCUGGAGCACAGGAUGGAGAACGAGGCGAAGGACAGGGAGAAAUACGUCGUCAAGUUCAUUAAGAUAAUGAAGCACUUGAGGAAGAUCAAUAAUUUUAAUAGCUAUUUGGCUCUGCUCUCGGCACUGGACAGCGCGCCCAUCAGGAGGCUCGAGUGGCAGAAGCACAUUACUGAGGGGCUGAAAGAGUACUGCGCGCUGAUUGAUAGCUCCAGCAGCUUCAGGGCGUACAGACAGGCUCUGGCUGAGACACAACCACCGUGCAUACCUUACAUAGGACUUGUACUGCAAGAUUUGACGUUCGUGCACAUUGGAAACAGUGAUCUGCUGCCAGAUGGCACUAUUAAUUUCUCGAAACGGUGGCAGCAGUUCAAUAUUGUUGAGAAUAUGAAGAGGUUUAAGAAGUGCACAUACUCCUUCAAAAAGAACGAGCGCAUAAUAACAUUCUUCAACAACUUCAGUGACUUCCUCUGCGAGGAGGCGAUGUGGCAGAUCUCCGAGAGUAUCAAGCCACGAGGGGGCAAAAAGCCCCCCCAAAACUAAGCAAAAAACUCCCAAAAUCAAGGAUCUACACGUUGAAAAUCCUUUCGCUGCAAUCCCCGCAGGAAUCCCCAUUCAUAAAAGAAUGGCCCCAGUGAAAGGAUUUUUGUAAUUACCAAAUCACGUGGUAAUUCCACCGAUUAUCCAGUCCACUCUGUGAAUGACUUCCGCCUCUGUGAGGUUCGAAAAUUUCACAAUCUAUAAUUUUAAUUAGGGAAGAUAAUUAGAGGAAAGAAGAAGAAACAAAAAAUUAAACUCUGCUUCGAAGAAUUUGGCGAGUUGCACUUAAAUGAAAGCUUUAGACUAAUUGAUAAGGGACAAGGCAUUAAAAAUGUCUCACUUCGACAACUAACUUAUGAUAAAUGUGCAUUUUUUAAAUGAAAAUUAUUUAUUAGUUGUGUACGAGGGAUAAUUUUUUCGUUGAACGUACAAUUGUCGUUUUUAUUUUCAAUGUAGUUAGUGACAUUUUAAUGGUCAACGGUGUGCUGUUGAUUACACAAGGAUGAACACCAAUUACGUUGAUUGAUGUUAGCUACUGGGGUCUCACUGUGGGACACAUGGCACGACUGAGACCAACUGUUACAUAUACUAUUGUAUAUGAUUAUUAGCGAGAAAAAAAAUGAGAAAAUUCGUAAUAGUCGAUAAUCCGUUUGAUUUCUCUUCUGUUGAGGCUAGUUAUUCAAGCUUUUAGUCAAAAUAUAUGUUUUCUCAAUUAGUAGAUACGCAAUUGCGAUUAGAAAAUACGGAUUCUGUCGAUACAUUCCAGUUAGUGAAUAUCAUAGGCUCAUGUUUUAGUCAUUAUUUCACGUAAAACCAUUAAAAGUUCAUUUUAAUUACCUGAAAUUCUUCGAUUUUGAAAAAUCAAAAUCAAAAUCAUUGAAUUGUCUGAUGAUUAUUCUGUCAAUUAAUCCCAAAAAAUACUCGAAACGACAGCGCAAUUAUUUUCCCAUUUCACUUAGCUACAAAAACAAUUCAUUAAACAAACAUAAACGUCAUAAUAAUUCCCCCAGUGUCCACGUGUGUAUGUUCUCGUAAAACCACAAAAAGUUCAUUUGAAUUCCCUGAAAUUUGUCGAUGACGUCGAUUUUAUUCAAUCAGUCGACGAAGAAAUGUGGGAGUCACUGUAGUUGAGUGAAAUACCCGAAGGAAUUUACAAUUUCUUACCGAUUAACUCCCCACAAAAAAUUAAAAUCAAAAUCAUUGAAUUCUCUGAUGAUUAUUCUCUCAAUUAAUCCCAAAACAUACUCGAAACGACAGCGCAAUUAUUUUCCCAUUUCACUUAGCUACAAGAACAAUUCAUUAAACAAACAUAAACGUCAUAAUAAUUCCCCCAGUGUUCACGUGUGUAUGUUCUCGUAAACCCACAAAAAGUUCAUUUGAAUUCCCUGAAAUUUGUCGAUGACGUCGAUUUUAUUCAAUCAGUCGACGAAGAAAUGUGGGAGUCACUGUAGUUGAGUGAAAUACCCGAAGGAAUUUACAAUUUCUUACCGAUUAACUCCCCACAAAAAAUUAAACUCAAAAUCAUUGAAUUCUCUGAUGAUUAUUCUGUCAAUUAAUCCCAAAAAAUACUCGAAACGACAGCGCAAUCAUUUUCCCAUUCCACUUAGCUACAAGAACAAUUCAUUAAACAAACAUAAACGUCAUAAUAAUUCCCCCAGUGUCCACGUGUGUAUGUUGAUGUUCGUAUAAUCGUAAAAAUGAGGAGCGAGGCCUAAAGCAAAUGUCGCCCAUUCGAGAAACCCCACAAGAACAACCAAACAAAGCUCAUUACUGAAAUCCUCAGCAUUAAUAGCCCAACAGGAACAAACAACUGACUUAUAAUCAUCAGAAGACUCGUUUGAGCCGAUCAGUGCAACUCAAGGAUCAAUUUGCUUGACACAUAGACUUAGCAACAUUUGCCUUGUGAAAUCUAGUUUAGAAUCCAUGAAACUAACAGGAGAAAAUGAAUGAUAAAUCGAUUAAUAAAACACCAAUAGAGCAAAUAGACACCAUCAAUAGUAACACCAGUAAUAAUUGUACAUUGGAGAGAAAUUUUUACGAAUUAAAAUUUAUAAAAAUUCAAUGGCUUGAUAGAUAAUCCAAUGCAAUGCAAUAUUACAGAUGUUUUACUUGUGAUUUAAGCUUGAAAAUACGUCCGUCAGGUAUCAAUUAAUCGCACCCUCGAUAGCAUUUACUCAACGCACCAAUUUUCGAUGAAUUUUUUCAGUGAAUGUAUUUCAUCAAUAAAUUAUUUAAUUCGCUAUAUUAUUUUGUAUCUAGCUAGUACGUAUUAUCGAAUUAUCCAGUGUAUUUAAGAGGUUUUAUGAAUGUUGUAAAUAAUUGAAUUGCAUCAGUCGUUAAUCACACUAUUGACAUAGUAUUAACUAUCAGUGAAAAAUGGUAAUGACAGAAAAUUUUGACAUGACAUCGAGAGAGCGUAGAUUAUAUUUAAGUUCGUGAAUUUAUGAAAAAUGCAAUCAUUGUGAUGCCAUAUUAAGUUGUAGGUAUAGCUCUGUAUCUAAAGAAUCUUUAUAUCAUUUUUAUUUAAUUGAUGAUGAGAGGUAUCAUUAAACAGAUAAACUAUUCAAUUAAUUUUGCAUACCGUUUUUGUUUAUUUAUCACCACACACAUACAUUAUUUUUUUUACAGUCAUUCUUUUUUUUAUUCACUGUUGUCGGGGCUCUGUGACAUCUGUGAAUACAACGUUUUAGAUUUAUUGAAUAUAAAAUUAUAUUAUUCAUU